AUGGAUAUCGACAUUAGUAUUUUUGCGAACAUUAAUGCAUAUGUUAGUGGAGCAAUCUCAAUUUGUGCUAAUACUUACCUCAUGAUUGCGAUCUCAAGAUCCAGGGUUAAAGCUGCAAUUGGCCUGUACCGAUGGAUGAUGGUCUUAUCGACUGCGUUCGAUAUUGUGUUCAGUACAUUGAACGCUGUUGCUUGUCCAACAAUCGCUGCCGUCACCAAUAUGUCUUCUGUGUUAUUCGUCAAGGGAGGUUUAUUUGUACCGCACAGUAUUGGUCGCGCACUAUUAAACAUCUGGAUAGCUCUAUUAUGCUUGUCUAUCAUAGUAUCACCGUGUCUUUUUGUUUUUCGAUAUUUUCAAUUGUGCAGAAGAAAUUGGGUAGCACUCUACGGUGGACGUAUUUUUUUCGUGUUCCUCAUCCCAGUCUUAUUUUCGCUUUUGACUGCAUUUAUGUUGAAUUUUGCCGCAUAUCCUAGUCCAGAAGAUAUCGAAUAUUUCAGCGAUAUAGCGUACAGCAUUAAUGUGAACGGAUAUCGAGCAUUCCUCGUGGCUUCUUUGACGGCUCGUUUUGAAGCUGAUGACGUGAUCAAAGCGCACAUUCUUAUAGCCACAUGUGUGAAUCUGGUGGUAAUUUUAGUUUGCAGCUUAUCAGCCAUGAUAGUCUGUUCACGACUAAUGGUUCAUGCCGUAAAAGACGCUAAAAGUGUCCGAACUGUUCGUCUUCAAAAUCAGCUGCAGAAAUCGCUACUGAUCCAGUUCAUCAUUCCGUUCCUAUUCAUUCAGUUGCCAUUUUGUUCAUGUUGUCUCGCACCACUUCUAAACCUUAGUAUGUAUAAAUUUGGAGCGAACUGCGGCAUUAUUGCUCCAACAGUUUCAUUUAUCGCUAGCAUUCUUUCCAUUCUUCUCAACUGCCUUUUGAUCUUUGUGGCUCAUCGAAGAAAGAGUGCCACUAUUGGGCUCUAUCGUUAUAUGAUAAUUUCCUCAGCCGCGUUUGAUGUGUGCUUCAGUACGGUUACAUUGGUCGCAUCCCCCACAAUCGCCUCCAUCUCCAACAAAUCCUCGGUGUUAUUCAAGAAGGCUGGUAUAAAAAUGCCGCACAGCCCUGGUCGUUUCGUUCUCGUCUGCUGGAUUUAUUUGUUAGCCUUCUCCAUGGUAAUGUCGCCUUGCCAUUUUAUUUUUCGAUACAUACAAAUGUGCAGGAAUGACCUUAUUCGGAAAUAUGGCAAACGUGUUUUCAUAAUUUUCACUAUUCCUUCAUUAUUAGCAAUCGUUGGAGCAACAAUGCUGUGUUUUUCUGCUUGGCCAAGUGCUACUGAUAUACAGAUUUUUGGAGAGAUCGCCUUCACAAUUAAUACUAAGGAGCAAGAACCAUUCUUAGUUGCUUCGCUACUACCAAAAGAGGAGGGCAAGUACAGAGUGCUAAGCGCUGUGAAGUCUGCACUUUUGCACAUUGAUAUCUUCUACUUGGUGAUAUUCCUUGCUAUCCAUACGGCUGUUAUGAUAUUUUGCUCUCGAGGCAUAGUCCACACUUUUCAAAACGCAACAAGUAAGAAGACAGCACGGCUCCAGCAAAAGUUCCACAGACUGCUCAUUUUACAGUUUUGCAUUCCCUUCCUCUUCAUUCACACUCCUUUUUGCAUAUGCUGCCUGGCGCCGUUAUUCAAUAUUGACACUGGAAUUGUUGCCAACUAUCUACCGAUAUUGUUCGCCUUGUCGCCAGCUAUAAAUCCACUAAUUUUCAUUUAUUUCUCAAAGGGAUCGUGCAAGUACGACGUGAACACAUUGAUGCCCAGAAAACAAAAUCGACUGUUUAUAUUAACCGCAGCAGGAAUUCGUUUGUUUCAUUAA